AUGCAUUCCUCCUUCCAUGGCGUGGUGAGGACAAUUAUCUUGUGGGCAAAACGGAUGCGAUCAUUAGGAGAAAGGGGCAGACAGUCCAAAAGUGCCCUCAUGAGGGCCAACUCCGAGCGGUUGGAGGCAGUUCUGCAGGCGGCACGAGACGAAAACUCGCCGGGCAGAAGAGCCGUCUCUGCGAGAAGCAUGCAUCCUCCUGUCCGACAGCAUCGUCUUGUCAAGCUGUCGCAUCACCUAUGCUCGUCCAAAUCGUGGUGUCUUGCCAUUUUUCACACAUGUCCCGAACUGAAAGAGUGA